GUUUCAAGAGAAGAACUGACGACGAGACCUUUAAUGAUGAUGAUGAUGAUGAAAAAAAAUAAAUGCAGAUGAUCUGUAGUGGAGAGAAGCCCGUAGGAUACUUGGUGAUGUCAGGGAAGAGCAAAAGCAAGAUGUACAGCUGGAACGGGAGGAGUUUUUCGAGCCUGACGGGCAAUUGUACCUGCGCUUCCUUGUUCAGUCGGGAUUCCAACGCCGUCCGAAUCCUUGCGUGUAAAGAGAAACCGAAGAUCGAUCUGCUUGCGGGAAAGGUCUUGCCGUUCUGUUGGGACGGGGAUAGCGACUCGCAAACGGAUAGUUCUGCUAGUACUUGUCCUAAACUACACAAACAAAUGUAUGACGAUGAGGAAACUGUUCAAGCUAAGCUCUGCUCCGGGGGAGCUGAAGUGGGGAUACUGUACGCGAGUGGAGACGUGCUCCCAGCGUCGGGGAAAUCAGACGAAACCAUCCAAGAGUGUCAAUGCACCCCGGACCGACAGUCCAAGGACCUCAUGAGUUAUUUGAGCUGCGCAAACACUGUUCCUAAGUUAGCUGGGGCCCAAGAUCCUAAGAAGAUCGUCUGUGUGAACCCCUUGGUUGCCUGUCAGACAUGAAGAUCAAUGGAUUCAUAAUCCAGCCAUCAAAACCUAUCUUGGUGUACUCUUUUCAAAAAAAAUGUAUCUGUCUACAUAAGAACCAAGAAAAAAAAU